CCGCGCGAGGGGCGAGCGCGCCGGCGGGCCGGGCGGGACCGUAGCGGGAGCCGAGCCUGGACUGUCGCGCGGGCCGCGCCGGCGAUGCCGCGCCCCCGGGCCGGGCUGUAGCGGGGCCGCGGCGGAGCGCGCGCCGGGCAGGCCGGACAUGGAGGUGGUGGACGAGACGGAGGCGCUGCAGCGCUUCUUCGAAGGCCACGACAUCAACGGUGCCCUGGAGCCCUCCAACAUAGACACCAGCAUCCUGGAGGAGUACAUCAGCAAGGAGGACGCCUCUGACCUCUGCUUCCCUGACAUCUCGGCUCCAGCCAGCGCAGCCUCCUACCCCCACGGGCCGCCAGCGAUCCCGGGCUCCAGCGGGGGCCACCACCUGAGCCCCCCAGGGGGCGGACCCUCCCCGGGGCGCCACGGCUCCCUCCCCGCCCCGAGCUACAGCUCCGCGCUCAACUGCAACAACAAUGCUAUGGCCAGUGCUCCCAAGCCCUUCCUGGGGGGCUCUGGGCCCCCCAUCAAGGCCGAGCCCAAGGCUCCCUAUGCCCCAGGCACGUUGCCAGAUUCUCCCCCAGACUCGGGCUCCGAGGCCUACUCCCCCCAGCAGGUGAAUGACCCCCAUCUCCUGCGCACCAUAACCCCUGAGACCCUGUGCCACGUGGGAGUGCCCUCCCGCCUGGAGCACCCGCCUCCACCUCCGGCCCACCUCCCAGGCCCCCCGCCGCCCCCGCCACCCCCACCUCACUACCCUGUCCUGCAGCGGGAUCUGUACAUGAAGACCGAGCCCCCGAUGCCCCCUUAUGCUGCCAUGGGGCAGGGGCUCGUGCCCAGCGAUCUCCACCACACGCAGCAGUCCCAGAUGCUGCACCAGCUGCUGCAGCAGCAUGGAGCUGAGCUCCCCACACACCCCUCCAAGAAGAGGAAGCACUCCGAAUCACCUCCCAACACCCUCAAUGCCCAGAUGCUGAAUGGAAUGAUCAAACAGGAGCCUGGGACAGCAACGACCCUGCCCCCACACCCAGCUCGAGCCCCAACCCCACCCUGGCCUCCCCAGGGCCCCCUCUCACCCGGCUCCGGCUCCUUGCCCCUCAGCAUUGCCCGGGUCCAGACACCACCUUGGCACCCGCCAGGGGCACCCUCACCAGGUCUCCUGCAGGACAAUGAUAGCCUCAGUGGCUCCUACCUGGACCCCAACUACCAGUCCAUCAAGUGGCAACCACAUCAGCAGAACAAGUGGGCCACGCUGUACGACGCGAACUACAAGGAGUUGCCCAUGCUCACCUACCGCGUGGACGCUGACAAGGGCUUCAACUUCUCGGUGGGCGACGACGCGUUCGUGUGCCAGAAGAAGAACCACUUCCAGGUCACCGUAUACAUUGGCAUGCUGGGCGAGCCCAAGUACGUCAAGACGCCUGAGGGCCUCAAGCCCCUCGACUGCUUCUACCUGAAACUGCACGGAGUGAAGCUGGAGGCCCUGAACCAGUCCAUCAACAUCGAGCAGUCACAGUCGGACCGGAGCAAGCGGCCCUUUAACCCUGUCACGGUCAAUCUGCCCCCUGAGCAGGUCACGAAGGUGACUGUGGGCCGUCUGCACUUCAGCGAGACCACUGCCAACAACAUGCGCAAGAAGGGCAAACCCAACCCUGACCAGAGGUACUUCAUGCUGGUGGUGGCCCUCCAGGCCCACGCCCAGAACCAGAACUACACGCUGGCUGCUCAAAUCUCAGAGCGCAUCAUCGUGAGGGCCUCCAACCCAGGCCAGUUUGAGAGUGACAGCGACGUGCUGUGGCAGCGGGCGCAGGUGCCCGACACUGUCUUCCAUCAUGGCCGUGUGGGCAUCAACACGGACCGGCCCGACGAGGCGCUGGUAGUGCACGGCAACGUCAAGGUCAUGGGCUCGCUCAUGCACCCCUCGGACCUGCGGGCCAAGGAGCACGUGCAGGAGGUGGACACCACGGAGCAGCUGAAGAGGAUCUCGCGCAUGCGGCUGGUGCACUACAGAUACAAGCCGGAGUUUGCUGCCACAGCGGGCAUCGAGGCCACGGCACCAGAGACCGGUGUCAUCGCCCAGGAAGUGAAGGAGAUCCUGCCUGAGGCCGUGAAGGACACUGGAGACUUGGUCUUUGCCAAUGGGAAAACCAUAGAGAACUUCUUGGUGGUGAACAAGGAGCGCAUCUUCAUGGAGAACGUGGGUGCCGUGAAGGAGCUGUGCAAGCUGACGGACAACCUGGAGACGCGCAUUGACGAGCUAGAGCGCUGGAGCCACAAGCUGGCCAAGCUGCGGCGGCUGGACAGCCUCAAGUCCACGGGCAGCUCGGGCGCCUUCAGCCGUGCAGGGAGCCAGUUCAGCCGGGCGGGCAGUGUCCCCCACAAGAAGAGGCCCCCCAAGGUGGCCAGCAAGUCAUCCUCUGUGGUCCCAGACCAGGCCUGCAUCAGCCAGCGCUUCCUGCAGGGAACCAUCAUUGCCCUGGUGGUGGUCAUGGCCUUCAGCGUGGUGUCCAUGUCCACACUAUACGUGCUGAGCCUGCGCACCGAGGAGGACCUGGUAGAAACUGAUGGCAGGUCCAGCCAGAGCUUCGGGACCACCCAGCUCCGACAGUCCCCCGGGACCACUGGGCUGCCAGGCACACUGCCCUCCUUGCUGCUGGUUGCCACUGGCCCGACCAGCUCGGCCCCAGGUCCGGUCAUCCCCACCUUGGACUUGUGCUCUAGCCGCCCUUGCCCAGUCGUCUGCUGCUCCUCGCCCACCCCCAGCCCUAUCGCUGCCCCGAGUCUUGGCCCCAGCUUUAACCCUGGCCACGGGCUCAGCCCCAGUCCCAGCCCGUCCACCAACCGCUCAGGCCCCAGCCAGAUGGCCCUGCUGCCAGUCACCAACAUCAGAGCCAAGUCCUGGAGCCUGUCAGCCAAUGGUAUUGGCCACUCCAAGCAUCCAAAGAGCUCCGAGCCUCUGGCCAGCCCUGCGGUCCCCUUCCCUGGAGGGCAAGGCAAAGCCAAGAACAGCCCCAGCCUUGGUCUCCAUGGCCGGACCCGCCGAGGGGCCCCCCAGCCUGGCCUGAGCCCCGUUCAGCCCACUCAGGCCCGGGGCCAGCCAGCCUCUCUCCUUGCAGACCCAGUGCCCUCCCUGACCUCCAUCCAGGUGCUGGAGACUUCAAUGCCCAUCACUUCCCAGUACUGCGCUCCAGGGCAUGCCUGCAGGCCUGGAAACUUCACCUACCACAUCCCUGUCAGCAGCAGCACGCCGCUGCACCUCAGCCUGACUCUGCAGAUGAACUCUUCGUCUCCCGUGUCUGUGGCGCUGUGCAGCCUGAUGUCAAAGGACGAGCCGUGUGAGGAGGGGGGCUUCCCACAGAGCCUGCACACCUACCAGGACACCCAGGGCACUUCCCACCAGUGGCCAGUAACAAUCCUGUCUUUCCGAGAAUUCACCUACCACUUCCGGGUGGCCCUGCUGGUGAGUACAGGCACCCCAUCUGUCCCCAGAGGCCCGGGCACCUGCAUCUCAAGUGUGGGGCUUGGGGAAAGGAUGUGGGGGUUCCCAGAGCACAUGGCAAGACCUGGGGCGCAAUGCUGGGUGAUGUGGCCGGGGGGGGGACUGCUUCCUGUCCUGCACCCCGAGCCAUCUCACCCGUUCCUGCUGCCCUCCCCCGCAAGGGUCAGGCCAACUGCAGCACGGAGGCCCCGGUCCGGCCGGCCACGGACUACUACUUCCAUUUCUACCGCCUGUGUGACUGAGCGGCCUUCCCGGAGGCGGCACCACACCCGGGCCGGGGCCCCGCGCCCCUUCCACACUGGACGCCAUGGCGUUACACUGGAGCCCGCCGCCCGCCAGCUCUCUGCCGCUCGCUGGUGCUCCCUCGGAGAGACUGAAUCGGGCUUGGCCCUCCCCACAACUGGGGAAACUCGUCGGAGUCCUCACACUGGAGUUGCUGUUCCUGCUGGUCGCCCCUCACACACCACAGGGGGAGCCCGAGAGACCCCCUGGGGCCAGGACCGGACCACGUCGUAUCUGUCCAGAUAUGGUGGUUGGAGGGCUGGCUGCAGGGGCCCUGGAGGCAAGGGUAAGCCUGUGACCGUCCAGAGCCUAUCCUCCCACUCUCCCCUUGAGACUGCGAGCCACCCCUCUUCUGGAGUGGGGACUUGGCUGGAGCCCUAAAAGACUUGGCUGGAUCCAUGAGUCAGCGGAGAGCAUACAGCCCUCACCCUGGAAGCUGCUCCCUGGGGGGUGGCGAGGUAGUGGACUUUUUGGGGUUUGACUGUUACGCUGGACUUGGGACUUUGAAGCUUUAAGUGUGGCCCAGGAGGUGUCUUCUCCCGGGGAGCACUGGCUCCCAAGAGCUCCCAGGGCAGCUGAAGCCAGCUCUGGAGAGGUUGCAAAGACUGACCAUGUGCCUUAUGUAUACUUAGUGCCUGGCUGAACCAGUGGGGGGGCCAGGGGGCCAGGUCACCCUUGGGCCCUUGAACCUGGAGUAUCCUGGAAGUUCCCUGCGAGCUCCCCCAGCUGGGUGUUGUGGCCCCAUGGCCUGGGCUUCUGGGAGCUUCCAGAGCUUGCAGUGGUAUCAGUGACCUAUCAUUCUCUCUGAGCAGAGGAGCAGGAAUCCCUGUAAGGCAGCAGGCUGGUCUUGGCUGGUGCGUGGAGACAGAUAGCUUUUGCUGUUAUUAAUGAAGUAAUUACUAAAAUGCACUUAAGCCAGGGCACGAGUGGAAGGAUGGAGAUGGAAAGGCCAGAGAGGUGCAGAGCCCUGGGGAAACACAAAGACAGGGCCCUCGCUCUGAUCCACCCCAGGGAGGCUUGAGACACCCAUCUCACUCCCAACCACUAAGACUCUGGCUUCUCCCUCCUCUCUUGUCUGCUGGCAACCUUGUCUCCCCAAAUCAAGGGCUCCCAUGUCGGGCUCGGCAGCAGAUUCCAUCUCCGCCCUCUCCUCCCGGACGUGGAGCAAUGGGCUUGCGUUACCGAAGAAGUCUUAACUCAAGUGCCAAUGUUAAAGUAACCGGUCUUGGUGGGAGCCUGGAGUGUUCUGAGGCCACAUCCAGGCUCAAAGGAGUGUGGAAAUCAUUUAGCCACGGCUACACAGGUUCAAUGAGGGGAACAGGAAUUGCCAUCCCUGCCCUGUGGUGUUCUGCCACCUCUCUGGGAACCAGGCCUUACCCCUCUCAUUCUCAGCUUUGAAUGGGAGGCCUUUCUGUGGGGAGCUGCAAUCUCGAAGAAGCCUGUGAAGUGCGGGCCCCCUUCUGCCGUGGGUCUCAAAGCACUUAUCCUCAGGGGAGCUGGGGGAGAGGGACACCCCGCCUCCUAGCUCCCUCCUCAGUGUGGCUCCCCUCCCUCAUUCUAACAUAGGAAUUACGUGGCUGCCCACACCACGCAGGGAGCCAGGGAGCCAGGCCUUCCGCAGGACUACUCUGUUCUCUCUCCACUGUCCCCCUCGGCGGGGAACCCUCCCUAAAUGCCUUAAAACUGCUGAGCCCCACCCUUUGCAAUAGGAUUCUGGGGCUUCCUCAGUGAGGGUGCCUGUCGUUGGACUGUGGUCCCUCAGUCCUUAACUGGAAAGUGACCCUCCAUUGCCCCCUGGAGCCCUUCCAGACACAGCGUAGCCCCAAUCUGGUAGCAGCCGGCUGUUUCCAUGCCUGAGGAGGGGUCCUCAGUGCAAGGAUUGGGGCCAAGCUGGGGCUCCAAGCUGCUUGGGGGGGUGGGUGGGGGGUCAACCUUGGACCAAAGUUGCCUUAAGCCCAUGAAGGUAAAAGGGCUUCAGGGGAGGGGAGUGGGUCACCUGCUGGAGGCUGACAGCUGCCUGCCUGGCACUGGUAAGUGGGGGUCUUGGCUCCAUUCCCUACAUGGGGUCCAGCAGCCAUCCCUCCCUUCCCUUUGGCAUUUAUUCCUGGAGCCACUGGGCUAAUCUCCCCCAAGCUUCAAGCUGUACAUAGGGCCUCUUAAUGCACAAAUUCCUCUGCCCAUAUUGUGCCCCCCCCAAAAGCCUGCAUGUGCAUAGAGCGCCCCUCCCUCCCAGUUAACCCCCAGUUCCUGUUCCUGAGUGCUGACUCGUAUUUAUCAUGUACCAACUCUGACUCUGGAGUGGGCAGAGGGAAGCAGCCCUGGGCCUGCUUGCUUCCUGUCCCUGUUCUUUCCUUCUGAAGUAAAUAUACAUAUAUAAAUAAAUGUAAAAACAUGGCUUUGUAUCUGA